AUGUCGAUGUACGGCACCCUAACAACCUACCCACCCCUCAACAAACUCACAGUGCUUUCCCCACCACCUCCCAACAGCGCUCAAAGGCUCCAGAUCACAGCCCUCCUGACACACGCAGCCGGUCGGCCUCGCUACCCUUUCGUUGUGCGCGUGCACUAUCACGCUGAGCCCAACGCUUCAUCUUCAGGAGGCAAUGGCAAUUCAGACCCGCCGGGUCGCUGGCCGUCGAUCCAGCUUAGCGAGGUGGUUGAUGAGCAGCAGCAGGAUGACGGACAUGGGGGUCUGGGGCCGGUGAGUAUGGUGCGGACGACGGAAGAGCGGAAGAUCGAGCAGAGGAGGGUGUUUAGGGGUGAGAUUGAUCUUGAUAGACUUGGUCUCGGCAGGGAAGGGAGUGGAGGGAGGCUUACGUUCGCGGCGAAGUUUACGCUUGAUGAGGGGGAUGUGCGGUGGCGGUGGGCGGAGGGCAGUGGUGGGCUGGGGUUGGGGGAGGUCCUCGUUCCGGCGAGCGCCGAUGGUGCAGAGGGUGCAGGCGCGGUGCGUGAGGUGGAGGAUGUAUUCGGACUGGGCGCCAAUAGUUCUGCGUGGACCGUAAAAGAGAAGGGCAAUGAUGUGCUGCAGCUCGAGAGUAAGGACGACAUGCCCCGUAUAGAAAACGGAGAGAAUGCUUUUGGUGGCAAGAUGGCGGAGCUAGCGCUGGGCAAGGUCAAGGGCCAGGUCAGAUAUAUGAGUCUGGUCCGACUGGAGCCGUACUGGUUAGGAGUACAGCACGGUCUCACGACUCGCGAGUGGGAAAGUGACUUCGACCAGAGCAUGGACGGCGUGCUCGUUGCUUUCCUGCUCAAGAAUGGCAGGGUUGUCGUGUUACUGGCAGUACACGGCAACGAGGAUGUCUACACCGUCAUAAGAUCAGGUGAGGCAGGCGAAGUCGUGAUUGGCGCUCGCAACGAUGGUGCCGCAGAAGAGAAGUGGAAGAUACUGGUCUCGAUAGGCCCCAGCAUCGAAGACUGCAUCCACAAAGUCAUGGUCGAAGCCAAGAACAUCGUCGCCCAGGCGCCCAAAAUGACCGAUCUCCUGCAACGAGCAGAUACAAUCCUCAAGGACACGCCCAUGGCCCCGGAGACCUGGUUCGACGGCCUAGCCUACUGCACCUGGAACGGUCUCGACAUGCACCGUUGCAACGCUGCAGCCGUCCUCAAUGGCAUCCAGACCCUCGAAGACAACGGUGUGAGGAUCGAAACCUUCUUGCUCGACGACUGCUGGCAGAGCACCCUCCAGCCCGACGGCAAGACCGAGAAAUUCGGCGCGUUCGACUCGGGCUGGGACCGCUUUGAGCCGAACAAGAACUUCCCGGAUGGUCUCAAGGCUGUGAUCUCGGAAGUGAAGAGGAAGCACAAGAACAUCAAGUCCUUUGGGAUCUGGCAUGCUUUGUUCGGGUACUGGGGCGGGAUCGCCGAGCACGGGUGGAUAGCGAGUAAGUAUAAGACGAGGAAGGUCAGGACAAAGUAUGUUGAGAAGGGACCGGCGACUAUGGUAAUUGUUGAUCCGGAGGAUGUGGAGCGGUUCUAUGAUGACUUGUAUGAGUGGCUGAAGGGCGAAGGGAUAGAUUUUGUGAAGACCGAUGUGCAGCACAUGUUGAGUAUGCUGGAGGAUAAGAAGGAUCGGGAGGAGGUGCCGGCGGCUUAUCAAAGGGCUUGGACUUUGGGUGUGAUGAAGCAUUUUUGGGGAAAGGCGAUAUCUUGUAUGAGUCAAACACCCCAGACCAUGUUUCACAGCCUUCUACAGGAUAAGACGCCGAAAGUCAUGCACCGGAACAGCGACGACUUCUAUCCUGAUAUCGUAGGAUCAAACCCUUGGCAUAUUUAUGUCAACGCCUUCAACGCUCUCAUCGACCGGCACCUCAACGUUGUGCCAGACUGGGACAUGUACCAGACCGGCCACCCCUGGUCCGGCUAUCACACAGCUGCUCGCUGCAUAAGCGGUGGGCCGAUCCUGAUCACUGACAUCCCUGGCAAGCACGACACGAAACUCGUUGGAGAGAUGACAGCGACGUCACUCAAUGGCACGCUUAUAGCAUUGAGACCAAAGCCAGCUGCCGUCCUCGACCACUGGGAUGGCUACACACAAGGCAAUAUCUGCAAGAUCGGCACUUCAGUUGGGGAAGGAGGGCAGACGGUUGGCAUAGUGGGCUUGUUCAACAUAGUCGAAGGAACAGUUUCGGAACUGAUCCCGACGACUGCCUUUCCGGCCAUGAGUACAGAGGACACUUCGGAGGUAAUAGUCAAGUCACACAGAACCGGACAGGUCUUUGGACCUCUUGAGCGUGACGAAGGUAGCUUGCUGAGUAUCAGCCUUGAGCCUAGGGGAUAUGACAUCCUGACGGCAUACCCUGUUCGGUACGGCGGAAUUGCUGUACUGGGCCUGCAGGGGAAGAUGACUGGUGCAGCAGCAGUGGUUGGGCAAUCUAUGGACGGACAAGCUGUUACGGUGUUAUUGAAGGCGCUGGGGAAGUUGGAGGUGUGGUUGGCAGACAGUGCUAACAGAAGCGUGAAGGCGGUGCGGCUCAAAGAGAAAGCGCUUCCGGAUAGUCGUAUUGCGACAAGGGCACUUUCCAAUGGCAAAAUCUUUGAGAUCGAUCUUCUGAGUUUCUGGCAGGAGAAUGGGCUGUGGUGCGAGGACGCGGAGGUUGACGUAGAGAUUGAGCUCGUUGGGACAUGA